AUGCUCGAACAGCUCAGUAACAUCAUCCGCGACGCCGACAGGAUCGCUACAACGUGUCAACCGUUAUGUCAGAGCGAAUACGGGUCGAAAUUGCGGCGCGGGAUCGACACGGUUCAGCUUAAACCGACAUCACUCGCGCCGUCGGUCCUAACAAUUCUUCAAUCCGCUACAGAUCAGGUUCGCCUGGGAGUAUUGCGCCUCUUCGAUCAACACGUACACGUGUCAGAACAGGACGUACAGGUGAAAUGUCGCGCAACCCUAGAGCAAUUGGUGUCGGUCGAGGGGUUUGGCGGAAUGUCCGACGCGAUGACGGAGCAGCUCGUAUGCGAAGCCUUCGAGCGCGAGCAUAUGCGGCGAGUCGGGCGCAUCAAUCAGGAGAUCGCCUCGAUUCUUCAGGCGGGCCAUAGUGAGCAGAAGCCGGGGCGCGAGAGCAGCACUUUCACCGCACGCACCGUCUCCAUCCUUGAGUCCGCCUUCCAACGCAAAUCCCUCAUCAACAACGCCGAAACCAUCGCCAUUGCCCAAUUAUCCGGAAUCACCCCAAUCCAAGUCCGUACAUGGUUUCAAAACCGCCGCAACCGUCAACGCAAAGCCGGCCGACCCGUCCCUUCUACCCCAUAUCACCCCCCUUCCUCGGACACCUCGGACGACUCGGAUCCCACCCCCCAACCCUCAUCCCCCCAAUUGUCUGCCCUACCCAGGCGUCAUGCUCAGAACCAAUCGUCAUCUCGUCCUCUACCCACUCCACCUACCACCUCCUACUCCUCCUCAGAAUACCAACACACCACCCCUACCGCACACGGGAACGGCCGGCGCGUCAAAGCUAUGCCAAGACGGGCGUACCCGCCUGAACCUUCCGCAUCGCGUCACUACCCGCAGAUGCACCCUUCGGGAAAGAGGGGUCUCUCCCCCGCGCCGAGCAUGGCCCGCUCCCUCUCCGCACAAAGCUCGGUCUCCGACGUAUCCUCCGUGGACCCUUCGGGCGGCUUCAACUCCCUCUUGAUCUCCCCGCAUGACGCGCCGACGCAAGUCACCAUGCCGGGCUUCUUUACGCCCUUGUUCGACUUCAAUAUGGGCAUGGGCGAUCUCAACCUCGGCGCUAUCGGCGCCGGCGCUGGAGCCAGCGUGGAUACCUGGUCCUUCAACCUCAAUCCCCCUCAAGCGGCGGAAUUCGAAAUCCCGGAUAGUCUGGCGGGGCUGGACUUUGAUUUGAUGCAGUUCAACUUUCCAGAGUUUACGCUGGAGGGGAUGGGCGCUAGUGUUGGCGGUGGACAAGGGGGAGAGGGUGGGGAUGGAGCAGGGAUGGGCGGGUUGGGGAUCAUGGAUGGUCUGACUCUGGCGGGGACGCCGAGCUUUACGGACUCUACUUCCGGCUCGCCUACUCGUCCCAUCCAGUCGACUACUACCUCCCACCCUACUUCUACCGGCCAAGCGGGCCUCGAGCUCGGUCUGGGUCUCGCCGGAAACGGAGAAGGAGACGGCGGUCUCUGGACGUGGGACGGAAGUAUCGCCGAGCAAAUGGCGGCGCUGUUCGAAGCAGAGGGGAAGCACUGGUUGGCGGAAGGAGGAGCUCAGGCGGAUAUUGCGGACGCACAGGCUCAGGCGCAGCACGCGGAGCAGGCGGAGCAGAAGGAGCAAGGGAAGAAAGGGAUCGAAAGGGGAAUCUCGCUGGACGAUAUCGCCUCCCCUCCACACGCUCGUUCUCGGCGCGUCCAGGCUCGAGCUCGGUCGGAAUCCCGCUCGGUCACUCCCCCGCCUAUCCCUCGGUUCACUACUACCGCACCUACUCCUACCCAACCGACUCACGCUUACUCUCACUCCACUCUCGCGGCUCACCCAUUCAUUCCUCUUCCAGCUUACAACCCCGCUCAAUCCACCCAGGCUCAGGCGGAACAAGGUCACGGUCACGGCCAUUCGAGCGGCUCGCUGGACUUCUCGGCGCACUCUCUGCCUGGUGCGCCUCAUCCUCUGUACGCCGGUCUCAACUCGGCCCCCUCGGCUGCUUCGGCGGAUCAGCAGCAGCAGCAGGCCCAGUCAAGGGUCAGCUCGUUCGGCUCCGUCGGCUCGGGCACGUCAGUGGGCAGCUCGGUCCGGAUCAUCACGCCCCCUUCUGGCGAGUAUGCGUUCUACCCGGAGACAUCGUAUCACCCCACCCACCCCGUACAGCAGUACGCUGGAUCCGAUUUCGCUCAGUCCAGUAUCCGGGCCACGGAUGGUACACAAGCUGGGGAGGAAGGAGAGGUGACCGAGGCGCAAGGGAAGAAGGGGAAAGGUCACGCCCGAACGGCAUCAAUGGAGGGUUUCCGGACAUCCUCAUGGUCCGCCCCCGCCCCUCAGGCCAUCUAUCCCACUCCGACACCCGGCGCUGAGUCCAAGUACGCCCAGUACAACCCUUACCCCCAGCACCAGGCGUACCCGGUAUAUCAAAUGCCCAUGUUCCCCUCGUACCCCAACAUGGGCGCGGGGAUAGGGAUCGAGAACGCCCCUUACCCCUCCUCGUCCGCCGGCGCGCCGGUAUGGGCGUACUCGAAUGGUCAUCCUGUUCUCCUGCCGCAGAACCUCAACGUCCAUCCGCAGGCUCAGGCUCAGGCGUACUUCCACCCGAUCUAUACGCCGCCUACUCCAGUUACCGCCUCAUUCGGCCCAGGACAGGGAUCGGCGCCAGGUCCAGGUGCGGAGCAGCAAAAGGAGGGGCAGCGCCAGCAGCAGGCGGAGGUGGAGGAUCAUGAGGUAGAGGGAGAUGAGGCGGGACAGGAUGGAUGGAUGAGCGGGGUGAUGGCGUUUGAUACGCCUUAUGCUGCUUGA